CAACCAAUCAAAUUGACUAAAUGGACGACAUGCAUCCAUGAUCAAGUCGCCCUACCGAAACUCCCAUGGGCCGUGCUGGGCUGGUCGCACCGUGGUGCUUCGUCCGCAUUGCAUCUCAACCCAUUACAGCUCCAGACGCGCGCAUUACGGUGAAGCGUAGCCCCCAAGCACCCCAUGCGGUUGCUGGCCAUGUCAGCAUUUGCAAGCGGAGGACCUUGAAGCCUGUACACACUACUUGGUCCAGCACGCAGUUCGUUCUCCUGCUGUGCGGUCGCACUAGUCGGCGGGUACGCGGACAUGAAGCUCGCCGUGACGGAGAACGUGAGGGGUGGUCGUGAAGAACACGAUCACGUUGACGCCAGCCAUGUUUCCCUUGCCGCUGCCUUGAGUUUCUGUCCGGCGCGGCGACACAACUGCUUUGCAUGAAUCAUGCAUGCCCGGACACAAGACUUGUCGACCGCUGCUGCAAUGUUCUCCACUUCACGCAAUACAGCAAUCGACUUGGCAAUGCUAACAUUGCAAGAAGUCGAGGGAGGAGCAGCUAUGUCGGUGGAAGAGUCGAAGGAAAUUGAUGUCGAGACGAAUGCGCGACGUGAUUGUGUCUUAAUUUAAAGGGUGGCGACCACGAUAGCCACGAUUCCAAUCGAGAACGUAGCAGCAGCACAGACCGCGCUGCUCGCAACAGGACCGGGUGGGUCGACGAUAUCGCCGUCCUCGCUCGCGACAAACACGUUCGACUUGAUCUCGUCAAACGAAAGCUGCGACUCGUUGAAAAGCACGUUGUUGACGACGAGCGUGUGCCCCAGCGUCAGGUUCUUGUCGGUGACGUUGCCGUACGCCAUGUCUUGGAACAGCGUGUCCGUCGCGUUCAUCGCGUCCAGGGACGGCAGCGCGACCCCGAUCGUGACCUCGACGAACGCCGUCGAGUUGAUGAGCACGUCUCGCGCCUGCAGGGUCACGUUGUCGCGCUGGACCGACGCCGACUUGACGGGCGACAGCGACGACGCCACGGCCGUGGCAAAGUCGUACUCGCCCCCGGACAGACUCGUCGUGUUGGCGCCUUGGAUCAGUACCACCGCGACCACCGAAAACUUGAUCUCGGCCGCAAUCGUUGGCACCAACGUCGUCACCGCCACGGAUGUGUUUACCCCGUUCGUCGGCACGGGCAGCGCCGCUUGCUCCGGCGUCAGCGGGUACGCGGCGGGCCGGCACGACAACACACACCGGCUCGGCUGGCUCAACGCUUGGUUGCACUGGUCGUACACUGGCUGGUAGUACGAAUAGCAGAACGACCGCAGGCAGCUCAGCAGCCCCGGGUAGCAGUAGCACCCAUCGCCGUACACAGCCAGGCAGCGCUGGUAGUUGAGGUAGCAGUAGUUUUGGUAGCACGUGUUGGUGGCCCAAAACACCGGCGAGAUGUAAAUGUAUGGGCGCCACACGGCGACGGGGUAGACAUACACGGGGUAGUAUGUGUAUCCGAUCGGUGCGACCACAACAGGACGCGCCACGGCAGGUCGGACGUACGAGACUGGUGUGACUGGGCGGUACGGGACUUGAGAAGGAGCGACGGCAGGGCGAGGCACCGGCCCAGCUGGAGGCCGCGGGGCAGGAGCUGGUGCAGGUCGAGGUGCUGGAGCGGGUGCAGGUCGAGGUGCUGGAGCCGGUGCAGGUCGAGGUGCAGGGGCCGGUCGAGGCGCUGGAACCGGCCUAGCGCCACCACCUCCACCCGGCCUGCCACCUCUACCACCCAUGGCGGCCACUUGGCCGACGAGACGACGAAAGUAUUGGGACCACGAGCUGCUCGAAUGUUCAACGACGGUCUGGGUAUCUGUGUGGGGGGCAACAAGAGCCGCGACAACGAGCAGAAAGACCAGGACAAGGUGUUUCAUGGUCGAUGUGUGAGCGAUCGGGAAAUGAAUUGUUACAGGUGGGACGGUCGUGGCAAUUCUAGGCAAGACUACUCGUGCGUUCCCAGGUGCUCUGGCGGCAUGCGCUCGUUCCUUCAGGUGUCCAAC